UGGAGAAGAUAUAAGACAGACCAACUCAGCCACUGUACCUUUGUUAAGAAAGGUAACUGGACAAUGAGGGUUGGUUUUGGUUUGGUGUUGUUGCUGCUCGGUCAGUGUGGUUUAGGAGCUCAGGGGGAGGGUGGAGGCCUGAGUGACGUGGGUGAAAUCAGGGAGUUUCAGAAGACACAUCCAAGAGAUGCAGUUGAGGAAUCGUCCAAGCAAACCACCCCUGACAUCUGGGAUGAGGUGAGGGCACUGAGAGACAUGAUGGUGGAGCUUAAGGCAGACCUGAAGAACAUGGUGAUCAGACUGAAGGCUAGUGAGAGCCAGGUGAAUGAACUGAAAGCUGAGCUGAUAGUCACCAAGGUGCACGUGGAGCUGCUGCAGAGAGAGAAUUCUGUCCAAACCACAGAACUGAUGUCAUUGGAAACUAGAUUGUCUGCUACAGAGAGCGAAGCAAGUGACCUCCAAAAACAGAAUGCAGACUUGCAAGCCAGACUGAGUAGCAGUGAGAGUGAACUUCUCACCAGCAAGUCCAGGAUUGACCAGCUGGAGAAAGAAAAUGCAGACUUGCAAGCCAGACUGAGUAGCAGUGAGAGUGAACUUCUCACCAGCAAGUCCAGGAUUGACCAGCUGGAGAAAGAAAAUGCAGCGAAACCAAAGGUGGCCUUUUACACAGCUCUGACUAGGGCAGGACGUGUUGGCCCAUACAACAUGGACACGACACUGAAAUAUAGCAUUGUCCACACCAACAUUGGCAAUGCUUACAGUCCAACUUCAGGGUUCUUCACAGCACCAGUCAAAGGGCUCUACUAUCUCCAGUUCACCGUGUCUGAAGUAUUGAGAGGUUAUAUGGGUGUAAAAGUGUACAAGAACAACCAAAGGAUUAUGUAUAAUCAGGAGUUUAACCAUGGCGAUAGCCAUGGGUAUUUCACUAACUCUGUUAUCUUGGAGCUGAUAGCAGGAGAUAUAAUUUACCUGGCUCUUCCAUCAGGCCAGUCUGCCUAUGACAAUGGAAAUAACCACAACACCUUCAGUGGUGCCCUCCUCUUCCCACUGUAAGGAUGUUGUUUUGGCUGCUUUGUCAUUCAUUUGUCACAAACACUGUUCUUACAAUUCUUCUGAUUCUUUAGAAAAUAUUGAUAUAUCUCAGCACCACCAGCUGUAAGACAUUUCUUUCAGAAUGUGACUUCACUCUUGUGUUGUCACAUGAAAACGACAUUCAAAUAAAUCAAAGAUGCAUUGAAGA